UCGCUUCACUUUGACCGCCACAAGAACCCUGCCACCACGUACCACAUGAGCAGAGGGGUCGAGAGAGAGACACACAACAGACAGAGACGAACAGACGGAGGGAAAAGGAGAAGCUAGCGAGAAGUAACAAUGGCCAUGGCUUUCAACCGGAAGCCUGUGCCUAAGUCGCAGAUGACGGCACCUCAGGACGGCGGGACACGGUGCCCGUCGUGUGGCGGCACCAACUUCAUGGACCAGCCAGGUUCGGGCGACCGGGCGUGCGCCGAGUGCGGAACCGUAGUCCAGGAGAACAACAUCGUCUCCUCCGUGCAGUUUAGCGAGUCCGGCGGCUCUUCCAACGUCGUUGGGCAGUUCGUGUCCGGGGACAGAGGUCGGCCCAGCGGGGGCGGCGCCGCCAGAGGCCGCGGCAGGUUUGGGCAAAGCCGAGACUCGCGCGAUGCCACCAUCCAGAACGGCAAAAAGAAGAUCAUCCAGGUCCUGGCACAGUUGCACCUGAGGACCACGCUCGCGGAUGAAGCAGCUCGACUCUUCGCGCUCUGCGUCACCCAAAACUACGUUCAGGGACGGAAGACGAUGAACAUCGUGGCAGCCUGCGUGUACAUCGUGUGCCGCCAGAACCACUUCCCCAUCAUGCUGAUCGACAUCAGCGACAAGCUGGCCGUGAACGUCUACGUUUUGGGCAAGACUUUCCAGAAGCUGAUCAAGCACCUCAAUCUGCAGACCCAGGUCCCCAUCGUAGAUCCCGCGAUGUACAUCAAGCGCUUCGCGGCGAAGUUGGACCUUGGCAGCAAGACGAACGCGGUGUGCAUGACUGCUCUGAAGAUAAUCGGUUCGAUGAAGAGGGACUUCCUCGCCUCGGGUCGUCAGCCGGCGGGCAUCUGCUGCGCGGCCCUCACCCUGGCCACGCGAGUCAACCGCAUCGAGAGAUCCAAAGAGGAGAUCCGAAAGGCCGUCAAGGUUUGCGACGCCACCGUCCGCAAACGCCUCCUUGAGUUCGAGGCGACCCCCACCUCUCAGCUCACCGUCGAGGAGCUAAACAAGCUGCCGCAGACCGUAGCCUUCCCGGGAGUGGAAGACGCUAGCGCUGCCGCUGGUGCCACCGGCGGCAGCGGCGGCGGCGGGGCGGGUGCAGGAGCGACCGCGGAGAAGUCCGUUCUAGUGAGCGACAUUCGGAUGGACCCUCCCGCUUUCAUCGCCAACCGCAUCCGGGAUGGUGCUCUCAAGAUGCCGUGGACGGAGCAGACGGUAACAGAGACUGCGGGGGCUAAGGCAGGUGCAGGAAAAGGCGCAAGCAGCGGCACUGGACAGAAGACCGGUAGAGCGAGCGCUCCUCCAGGCGCCAGCGCGGGUGCUCGGGGCGUGCGCCCGGGGGUGAAGAGGAAGCGGAGCCCGAAGGACAAGGCUCCCCGCUCCAAGAAGAAGUCGCCUCCGAAGCGGAGGCGUGCUGCCGCCAAAGGAGGGGACGCUUCGAGCGAUGACGGGAGCGGGGAGGAGGAGGUCGGAGUGGUCGGGCGGAGGAGGUCGCUGCCCAAGAGGAAGGCGGCGGCCAACGCUGCUGCGAACAAGGUGUGGGUAGAGAAUGACGAGGAGGGCGACGGGGACGACGGGAGUGGGGCCGAUGGCGGCGGCGGCGAUGACGACGACGACCCCGAGUACUCGUCUGGGGGAGAGGAGACAGAGGAGGAGAGCGCGCGACUAUCUUCCAAGAUGAAGGUCGAUGCUAACACGGAAGAGGGGCGGGAGGCGCUGACGCGGCACGUGUUGCACAUUAGGGCCACCAAGAGGGGUGCCAGCAAGGCCAAGUCGAGAGCGAAGCGCAGCAAGGUGGAGAGUGAGGUAUACUCUUGCCUGGAGAACAUGUUCGACGAGGACGAAGAGCGGGGCCUGAGCAUUGAUCGAGGUGGAGGCGGCAGCGGUAGCGGCGGCAGCGGCGGCGUUAGGAGCGCAGGCGUGGCAGCCAAGGCCAAGGAGGCUACAGGAGACAACGAUAAUGAUAUCGAUGGUGGCGGCGGUACCGCCGACACAAGCGCUGGGAAGGCGAAGUCUCCGGCACCGCCGGCUUCCGACGAAACCCUCAAGAUCAGAGACGGGGGUGCGGCCGGCGAGGACAGCGGGAACAAGGACCAGAACAAGGAGGAUGACAACGGCAACAAGAAGGGCGAUGACAACGAGCAGGACGAUGAGGAAGACGGCCUAGAGUGGGGGGUGUACUUGAGGACAGAGGAGGACAGCGACAGGACGAAGAAAGAGUGGGAGAAGGAGCACAAAGACUGGGUGGAAGACCAGACCGAAAAAUCAAGAAUCCUCUCCGACGAGACCGGUCUCAAUCCUCCUGGUGGGGUUCCGAAAAAGAAGCGCAAGUACACAUUUAGCGGGUCCCAUGCCGUCGGCAAGAAUUUCGGCGAAGCCAUCUCGUUGGAGGCCGCCAAGAGUAAGUCGCUCAAGAUCGACCACGCUGCUCUCCAGCGGGUCAUGAAUCUCGACGGGAGCCUCAAGCAGGUUAACGAGGGUGAUGACGUCAUGGAAGAAGUUUUCGAGGACAAUCUGGCACCCCCUGUGCCAUCGAAGAACAGCAAGGGAAUCCGCGGCCGGGGCAAAUCGCCGCUCACCGCAAGCCUGUCUUCCUCCUCCACCCCGGCAAUGCUCAAGCCGUUCACCGGGGGUGCCGUGCUGCCGCCCGCGCGGCGCGGAAACACCACCGCCACUGCCGCCUGCAGCGAUGUUGGGCCGAAGGCCGCCGCUGGUGGCGGCGCGGGCAGGGGCGGCGGCAAGAGAGUCGCCCCGAUCGCCCAGCCGGCGGCGGUGGUCAAGGCGCCGUGGGCCAGGGCCGGGCCGAAUGACGGCGGAGAGAAAGCGAUCAAGGACGCGCUUGCCUUGCUUAAAUCGGGUGGGUUGGCCGCUCUCCCCAGCGUCUCGGGCAAGUCUUCGCCUGCUGCUGCCGCCGGCAGUGGCGCUGGUGCUGCUUCGGCUGCGGCAGCUGCUCGAGGGACAAAGGCAGUGGUGGCCCCAGCGGCGACAGCGGCAAGCGGACCUGUGGCUGCCGCCGCCCCGGUGGCCACGGAAAGAGUGGAGGAAGUCGAGGGCGAAGAGGACGGCGAUGAGCCCUCUGGCGUGGUAGCUGCGGAAGAGUUGGAGGAGGAGGAGGAGGAGGAGGAUGACGAUGAGGAUGACGACGCGAUGUACGGGGAAUUGGAUGAUGACGACGACCCCUACGGCGAGGAGGCGUGAUUAGUCUCAGAGAGCCGAGUUGACGUUUAAAGUUGUCGGGCUGAGUGUCAUGUAUCGAGUGCUUCGCGGCUCAAGCGUGAAGGAUAGGUCUUUGCUCUGGGAAGCAAGGAGGUUUUGCUGUGUGCGUGGAUGUGGUUUCAGGUGCGGUAACGUUUACCAGAUGACCGGGGCGUAGAUGGACCGAAAACUGGGUGAAGAAUUGACGGCGGGAGAAUAUCGGCAUGUGGUGUAAUGCUCUGUCACAUGGGACGGAGUGCUGAUUUUAUCCCCCUUAGGGCUAGAUCGCCUUUUGGGGACACUUUUUGUCCCCAUCUUCUUCACCUGCUUAACCUCGCGAAGAAUGGCACGAUUGUCUCCUGCUUUGAACUACUCGACCAGGGGGGUGCCAGGGUACACGGGGACGACUGUAUGCUUUGUAGAGUGGAGGAGUAUGAGGGUGAUGAACAGGUCGAAUCGGGGGACGAUUACGCCGCGGGUUCAACAGCGAAGUUGCGCCUCUUCUGUCUACCCUUGGGUGGAAAGCGCUAGUAUUAAUAGGGGCAAGCGCGGAAGAAGUACCUAGCCCACCGUUGAUAGGAGGCACCGGGCAACCUAGGGCUUGGGUUCCCUCUUGAGAAAUAUCUUGAAAACCUCCUUUUCGUGCCCCGUUUACCACGCUCCCGCCAGUUACUGUCUAUCAUCCCUAUCAAAUGUCCUCUCGAUUCGAGGGGACAUUUGAUAAGGAUUAUUGGCAAGGGACGGCUCAAGUGGGAAGGCAGCUUUGCACUUGCACCCAGGGAUGGAGCUAUCUGCACCAUCCAAUCAGCAGGCGUCGUUCGCUCUUUUUCUUACAUCUCAGAAAUUUCGCAAGAACGCCGAAUUUUCUGUGCGUGGAUUACUUUUCGUAGAGGAUGCACAGGGGAACGAGCGCAGUCAAGGAGCGAGGACGCCAACCAGCAAGACCGCUCAGGAGUGACAUUCGCAGUUGCGAGGUAGAUGGACCAACGGGGUUGCCCAGGUCCCUCGCUCUGAACUUGUGGGCUUUGUGGCGUACAGGAAUGCAGUGCACUAACCCAUUCGUAGAGAGCGCUUGUCAUUAUUGUUCAAACUGCUUGGCACAGCAGGCGCGCCUUCCAGAUUAUCUAUGCGUUUUCUUCAGCCGCAUCGGCAGCAGCUGGCCGGUUUGGGGGCGUAAGUGUAAACAAGAAGUGCGAUCUAUCCAAGGACUGGAUGCUUCGUUUCAUCAUUCAGUAUCCCGCGCCUGUGGCCCACAGAAAAUUAGAAAUCAAUCCCUGCGGGGGGGCGUGGAAAUCAUGCCGAAUAAGGGUAACAUGUACUUCAUAAAUAUUACCUAAAUCAUUGUCACUUCCGAGCGAAAAAAUGUUUCACUCUUGACAUGUCCGGUGCGUUCAUCAUCAUUGGUCAAGCAACUCCCCGAAUUUUGGGAUCAACAGCAUCCGUUGUUUCGCACGAAGCAUCUCGUGUGUUUCUCUGUGGGGAAACCCGACAGCAUGUAUGUGUGUGUGUGUUUUCGUCCUAUUUAUUAUGGCGACAGUCCCCCCAUUUUUCUAGGUGAGACAUGUACUACACUUUUCAGCGUAUGUAGAGUACUACACCUUUCAGUGUAUUUUUCGUACAACUACAACCAUCCAGGGUCACACAGGAGGGGGUCCAACCCCCCCCUCCUAUGUGACCCCGGUUGGGUCGUCUAGCUAGUAGAAGUGGAGGAUAGGGGCCAGAAGGCAGACGACAGAGUCCAAUGAUGGGAGAAAAACAAACCAAAAACACAGGAGGGGGUAAACACCAGGGCUUUUUUCUUCUUUUUAUUUCUUUUCAUGCCCCACCUUCCUCCUGCGGUGCGAGCUGAAUUUAUUUUUAUCGCGACAAGGGUCCAGCCGUCCCUUUCUUUCCCUCGUCACGGUGCUAACGUCGAAGUUUGGUACUCACUAGAGCUUGUCAGCUAUAUUUCGCUUUCACCCGCACAUUUCGUAAAAUUUUCACCCCAUGGGGAUUUGAACUCACCACCUCUGCAACUAGCGGAAUACGAGGAUACCACCAAACCACCGGGGCGACCGAUGUACCAGCAUGUAGCACAGGUGUUCGUCUAUUUCCUCCCUACCUAGAAAUGAACUUAGUACAUGCGGAUGUGCGAGGCGUGUGGAAGUAUGCAUACACACUCACAGAGUUGCAGAGCCGCCCGGUUGUUGGUGACAUACAAGAACCAGUCACGGAUUAUGACAUGAUGACACAUAUCCGCCGCAAGGCAUAGGUAGGUGCGGUUGCCUUCGGCGUGCCCCCACAUUGCACUCUGUUGCACUGGCUUCACCACCCGCGCGAUAAGCACCGACAGCCCAGAGUGGGAGAUAAGCAAGCAAGACUAGAAUAGGCAGCCAUGGCGGCGCGAACGGCACCCGGGUCGUGCGACAUCCCUGAGUGCAAGAGGCCACGGCACCAAAGGGCGGGCAUCGUCCAUAACUUCUGCGGGCGGGACCCAUGCCAUGGAAGCUGUCUCGAGGGGACUAGCAGCGAAACUUGUCCCCGCGGCCGAUGCCACGUGAGACGAUUGUUGGGUCCCUUCUCUCAUGCUGAAGCACGAAUUUUACAUGGACCGCUUACCCUAGAGUCCUAUGCAUAGCAGGUCCCACUCCACCUCCAACAUGAGACUUGCGCCUCGAACAACAGACAGGCAGUUUGCUGAAGUCCGAACCUUCGUUGCUGUAAGUCGUUUCGGGGGGUUCCAUGAUUAUGUUCAUGUUCGUUCAUUGUCUGUAUGUACUGCGGUGUGCAGCGGUCCAUGUAGACUACGCAUUCAUAUUACGCAUGAAUGCUGUGAAACACCAAGCGCCGUGGCGUACUGAGUGAUCAUUGAGUAAUCACUUGCAAAUGAUGGUGUUGUGGCAUGCCAUGGAGUUGUUGCCCUGUAUCCCUCCACGCUAGGUGUUGCAAGUCAAUAGUUAGGUGUGCCUUUAUUAUUCGCAUCGACCGCGCUACCCCGUGUCCAAAUGCGAAGACGUCACAGCAGUGCCAGCGGAUAAUAUCAGGUCCCUGGAACGGCCAAAAGUCGAGAAUUACUCUACAUGCAAAUGCCAUAAUGAAUCCUGUUUGCGGCCUACGCCACUUAUUUAUUGGGUGAGACUGUUUUGGUGAUGUAUCAACUUCGCGAGAGGUAGACGACCGUCCUUCACACGGACGAAAGAGGGGGGGGCGAAUAUUUGCAAUCCAUGGAUAAUAAAGAGAACCACAGUCCAAACAUCCAGACGGGUCGAAACCCCGGGAAACCGCCCGGAGCGUCCCCGAAGAGGUUCUCCUCCCUCUAAUAAAAAAGCAGCUACAAUCACAUAAUCACGGCGGCGGCGGAGAGCCGUCUGAAGGCGGCAACACGCACCCGCACGCUGGGGGAUCACGAGGAGACGACACACAACGAUAACUGGAAUGCUUCCAUCCAGUGCUUCUCUGCCGGCCUCUUACGGUGCUCGUGAUGCUGGCGCUGCGGGAGCUUCUGCGGGCUACCCUGUACAAGCCCACUCCGUACAGCAACAACAGCAGCAGAUAUUGACCACCAGCCCUCCGCCGGA